AGCCUCUGAACUUAGGUACGUAUUUAAUGAUAUCUCGAAAAUAAUUUCCCUGUUUUAGUGUUUAAGCGGAAGCUGCAUUGGAUAGCUGCGUUUCCUGUGUUUUCCGUUUGGAGCAAUGUCAUUAUAUCAGCUUAUUCUAGCAUGUAGCAUCUUGGGAGUUGGUGUAUUUCCAAUACCCAUGCCUCAAUUUUAUGGAAAUUUCAACCCAGCUGCUCCAGCACCUCAAGUUUUUCGUUACCAUCAUACAUAUUACCCAGAUGGACAUGGCGGGUACUACGAACGGCAACCGCAGGGAUAUUUCAACCCACCUGCAGCUGCCGGACCUCAAGUUUUUCGUUACCAUCAAACAUAUUACCCAGAUGGACAUGGCGGGUACUACGAAGCGCAACCACAGAGGUACUACGAAGCGCAACCACAGAGGUACUACGAAGCGCAACCACAGAGAUAUUUCAACCCACCUGCAGCUGCCGCACCUCAAGGAUAUUUCAACCCACCUGCAGCUGCCGCACCUCAAGGAUAUUUCAACCCACCUGCAGCUGCCGCACCUCAAGGAUAUUUCAACCCACCUGCAGCUGCCGCACCUCAAGGAUAUUUCAACCCACCUGCAGCUGCCGCACCUCAAGGAUAUUUCAACCCACCUGCAGCUGCCGCACCUCAAGGAUAUUUCAACCCACCUGCAGCUGCCGCACCUCAAGGAUAUUUCAACCCACCUGCAGCUGCCGCACCUCAAGGACCUUUUUUUGCUUCAAAUGAAAAGCCUACAACUCCCG